UGUAUAUAACUUCUGUAAACUUAUUAAUCAACUUAUUUAAGCAAGCUUCUGUCAACUCUAUUCUAUUAAAAACUUAAAGAGUUUAUCUCGUAAUGGAAAGUAUAAUUGAAGAAAAUAUCGUGAUUGUAGGAGCUGGAAUUGCUGGCCUCACAACCUCCUUGGGACUACACAGAUUGGGAAUAAGAAGUUUGGUAUUAGAAAGUUCAGGUAGUUUGAGAGCAAGUGGAUUUGCACUAACAACAUGGGAAAAUGCUUGGAAAGCUCUGGAUGCUGUCGGUGUUGGAGAUAUCCUCCGCCGCCAACAUAUACAGCUUCACGGGCUUGUAACUACAACUUUGAUUACUGGGGAACAUACCUCAACAACGUCUUUCAAAGCCAACACAAGAAAUACUGGAUCCCAUGAGGUUUGUUGUGUUAGAAGGCAACUAAUGUUAGAAGCCAUUGCCAAUGAGCUUCCAAGUGGAACCAUUAGGUACAUGUCAAAGGUGGUUGCUAUUCAGGAAUCUGGCGUCUCUAAGAUACUACACAUCGCUGAUGGAACAACAGUUAAAACCAAGAUAUUAAUAGGCAGUGAUGGAAUAAACUCUAUGGUAGCAAAGUGGCUAGGCUUCAAGGAGGCUUCUUCCACAGGGAGAUAUGCAACUAGGGGUUAUGUAGAGUUGAAAAACUCUCACAAGUUGGAACCAUUAUUCAUGCAAUACUUUGGAAAAGGUUUUAGAGCUGGAGUUAUUCCAUGUAAUGACAAGGGUGUUUAUUGGUUUUUCACAUGGACUCCUACCAUCAAAGAUCACCAAAAAGAGCUAGCACAAGAUCCAGCUAAACUGAAGCAAUAUGUGUUAAGCAAGUUAGGAAAGAUGCCAAAUUAUGUUAGAUCUUUCAUUGAAAACACUGAGUUAGAUGCAUUUCAUUUAGCUCCAUUGAGACAUAGACAUCCUUGGGAGCUUAUAAUAAAAAGUAUUAGCAAAGGAAAUGUUUGUGUUGUUGGAGAUGCUUUACACCCUAUGGCACCUGAUCUUGCUCAAGGAGGGUGUAGUGCUCUAGAGGAUGGGGUGGUUUUAGCAAGGUGCUUAGCUGAGGCUUUUUCCAAAAAUCAAAUGGAAGGAGAAGAAGAAUAUAAAAUAAUUGAGACAUGUUUGAAGAAAUAUGCAAAGGAGAGAAGAUGGAGAUGCAUUGAUCUCAUUACUAGAUCCUAUAUUGUGGGUUCCAUUCAACAAAGUGGUUCAAAGUUAGUUAAUUUCUUUAGGGAUAAAGUUUUUGCUACAUUUUUAGCUCAUCAGCUGUUGAAGAAGUCAAAUUUUGAUUGUCAACAAUUAAAAUAGUUCUAAUUAGUGACAUAAUCAUCUUUCCAUGAUAAUGAACUUGUGUUCUUUAAUGUUGGGAUUUACUUUUUUUUUUGUAUGGUUUGAUGUUGAUUAA